UCCGAAAACGAAAUAUUUCUCUCUCAGAAGUUUGUAUUCUUCAAUAAUUCCGCAAAUUUGUAUACUUUACUAACUGCUAAAAAUUUUCGAUUCUCACUCCGUGCCAUGCUGGACUAUGUAACCACUCAUGGGUAUUGAUCAGAAUCACAUGUAACAUCAAAUUUAAACUAACCUAAAAAAGUAUAAAUUUUGAAAAAUCAUAUUAUUCAGAAUGGAAAUGUGAACAUUUAACUUGAAUUUGGAAGGAAUUGUUUACGGAAAAAUUGUAAAAACAAAAGUGAUUUAAAACAGUGUGAUAAGAUAUAUAAUUUCAGUUUUACAAGGUAUUAUAGACCGUUGUACGAAUAUGUUGGCCAAAGAUACAAUAGAAACUGUAAAUUUGGAUAAAAAUAUAAUUAAAGUGAGUGAUUACAUUAUCAUACAACGCCAGAAUUAUAAAAAACUUCAUCAAUUAAAAAAAAGGGACUGUGUACGUUUAGGUAAACGAUUUAUGUUUAUCGAAUUGGAUAAUAUAAUCUCAGAAGAAUACAAUUCAAUAUUUAAAUUAGAAUCGAAAGGUAAAAAUAAUUAUUAUUUGACGAAAGUAGAGAAUGCAACAAAUAUUCAAUUGCCUGAUGCACGAGAAUGUGGUGAUGAUAAUCGUGAUAUUCUGGAUGACGGUAAAUCUCAGAAAUUAUCGACAAAAGAAAUAUCCGAACUUCAAGAACAAGCAGUCGGUGCGCAGAAUAUAAUCGGUAAAAUCGUUAGUAAUUCAUCAACAUUUGCUGCUAAAACGGAAUUCAGUCAAGAAAAAUAUGUAAAAAAGAAGGAAAAAAAGUAUUACGAAUAUGUACAAAUAUUAAAACCCAGUAUAGUACAUUUAAUGGAAAUAUAUUAUCGAUUAAGUCCAAUCAAGGUACUUGGACUACGAAUCGAUGAUUUGUCACAAAUUUUAUAUUACUCGAAUGUUCAUUGUAAUGGUAAUUAUUUAAUUUAUGAAAGUGGAACGUCUGGUGUACCAGUGGCCGCUAUGUUGGAACGAAUCGGAAACUAUACGUCUGGUAAAUUAAUUCAUGUACAUCCUGGUAACGAACCACAAUCUCAAGCUAUUCGUGCUAUGCAAUUUUCUGAAGAUUUAAUGACGAAACGUUAUGUGAAUGUAAAUAUUUAUUCGGUUUUACGACACUAUUAUCAAAAUUUUAAAUUUUCAACAAACAAACGUAAAAUGGAUGAAACAGAUAACGGAGAAACACCAUCAAAAAAAAUAAAAACUGACGAAGAAAAUGUUCAAAAUUUAGAUCAAAUUGAACCUCUGAAACCAAAUGGGGGUGGGGUGGAUAAAGAUAAGAAAUGGAUUCAAGAUAAUGAACAAGGAUGUCAAAUUUUGGAUGAAAAAGUAGAUGCAUUGGUUAUUAUUGCAAAGGAACAUCCGGCACCAAUAUUGGAUGCGUUUAUAGAUUUUGUAAAUUUAAGUCGACCCAUUGUUGUAUUUUCUGAUUGUAUACAAAUUUUAACAGAUGUUUAUAUGCAUUUAAAAAAAUCGAAAAAAGUUACAUAUCUAAGAUUAAGUAAUACUUUUAUGCGAAAUAUUCAAGUAUUACCGGGACGUAGUCAUCCUGAUGUUAAUCGAAAUUUUGGAGGAUAUAUGCUUUUUGGAUAUACAGUUAAUGAUAAUAAAUCUGAUUUGUAACAGACCCACUAUGGUUAUAAUUUUGUUUUUUAUCUUACAGAAUGACUAAUUUUCGACUAUGUUAUAGCAUCGUUUCUUAACUACACUUCAGCAUGUGACGAAUGCAUUUCCAGAAAAUCUCCAUAGUAAUUCCAAAUUAUGUAAGCUGUUUUAAAUUUCAAAAAUUAAUAUUUUUGAGUCGAACAAUUGCUCGUUACUUACUUUAGUUACGAAGACUUCUGCACAGGGUGCCAGAGUAGAGGGUAGAAGAUUUGCGUUUAGAAAAUAUUUUCUUCCUGAUUUUUUGGAAUUUGCGUAUGAAAUAUGAUUAGUAUUUCAUACGAAAGUGAAAUACGGCUAAUCCGACAAUCG